AUGAGAACUGCUAGAUUAUUCCGUGAAAAUACUAAUAAAUUACGAAUUUCUAUUCACAGACUCUAUGGUGAUAUAUUACCUUCCAGUGAAGUAGUUAUAAUAAAAAAGAAACGCGAUAAAAAUGAAAACGUUAACCUCAAAAAGGAGAAAAUUACGAAAAACAAAAAGGAAAAUGUUCAAAAUGAAGACAAUAUUAGUCCAAAUAAUUCAGAAGAAUUUAGAGUCAAUGAAGUCAAUAUACAAAUGAUAUCUAGAAAUAUCUAUGAGCAACUGUUUAAAAAACCUAGUCAGAGAGUGGAUCCACUAGUAAUAAAAAGUUGUCAAGACAGUCUUCUAAGGCAUGGCAUAGACUAUAAAAAAUGCAGCCAUCUACCAGAUGUGCAGUUAAAACUGCCUAAACUAGAAGGAAAUGAUGUUGUGGAACAUUUUUACAAUAUCGGAGAACAGCAGAGUGCUCCAUACAGAGAAUUACUAAAGAGGUUGUCUACCUGUGAGUUACCUCAAAUACCAAAGAAAUGGUCUAAAGCUUCUGGUUGGACAAAAUAUUCUGGUGAUUCUCAAGAGUCAGUACCAUGCCCACCUGAUGAUGCAUUGAUCUUUGAUGUGGAAGUCUUAUGUCUGCUGGCAAAAGACCCACUUUGGCUUGCGCAGUAUCCACAGAUGCAUGGUAUGGCUGGAUAAGUGAACCACUAGCUAAUGAUGACCCACAUAAAGUAUUUGACAACAUAAACUACGAUGAUUUGAUACCAUUGGAGACAGAUGGUCGGAAGCCUGUUGGUGAUCUAACCCGGCAUAGAAUUGUGGUCGGCCAUAAUGUGUCUUUUGACAGAGCGAAGAUUAAGGAACAAUACUGGUUGGAAAGGACAGGUGUGCGAUUCAUGGACACAAUGUCAAUGCAUACAUGCGUCAGUGGAGUCACCAGCUACCAACGAACAGUACUGAAAGCCAAGAACAAGGAGCCCCACCCUUCUGAUGAUGACUGGAUCGAGAUCAGCUCACUCAACAAUUUAAGUGAGGUCCACAAACUCUACUGCGGUACUCCGGUGGACAAACAAACUCGAGACAUAUUCGUGGACGGGACUAUGGAAGACGUGCACGAGCACUUUCAAGAGCUGAUGCACUAUUGCGCCAAUGAUGUAGUGGCUACCCAUGAAGUGUUGAAGGAACUCCUGCCUUUAUUCUUACACCGGUUCCCUCAUCCCGUCACUUUAGCUGGUAUGCUGGAAUUAGGAUCAGCCUACCUGCCAGUCAACUCAAACUGGCUCCAAUACAUUGACUCAGCAGAAACAGUUUUCGAAGAUUUGAAAUUGGAAUCUAGACAAGUAUUGUCUAUGAAAGCCGACGAAGCUUGCAGUAUGCUCAACGACAAUUCUUACAAAAAAGAUUUGUGGAUGUGGGACCAAGACUGGUCAGUACAGAAUCUAAAGCUAAAAAAGAUAAAUACAAAAAAGAAAAAGGUUACAAAAGGAAAAAUAGUUGAGGAAUAUCAAACUAAUAAAUUAGAAGAGAAAAUAUCCGAUGUACAAAAAUCGUCUAAUGAAAAUAUGCCAAAACCAGACCUAUCAAAAUUUGAAGUUUUAAAUGAAGAAUACAUUCGGUGUUUAGAAGAUAUUCAAAAUUGUUCCACGGAACAGAAUGAGGAAAAAAUUAAAGAACUUAGCAAGGAGUUUGAGUAUCUAUUUGAAUUCGGUGAACAUUUACCUGUAAAGAGGCCGUAUUUGCCCGGUUAUCCGGCGUGGUACAGAAAAUUAUGUACUAAACCAGGUAAAGAUCCUGACUGGUCACCUGGGGCUAAUAAUAUCACAACUAGCAUGCAAAUAACACCAAAGCUGCUUCGCCUGUCAUGGGAAGGGUAUCCACUCCACUACAUCAAGGAGGAAGGGUGGGGUUUCCUAGUGCCUUACAGCCGGCGGCGUAGUGAUGAUGCAGAGGAACCCCUGGUCCCAAUUGAUGAACUCAUCCAGGCCUGCCCUCUAACAUUCUGCAAGGACUCCGAAUUCAAACCUGAUAUGUAUUCGCUACCGAAAGAUGUUGAGGAGGAUCUAGGCAGACGUGCUUACUACGCUAGAAAGAAGAAAGACGAGCAAGCAGCUGCCAAUGAGUACCAUGGACUCGGUGUGUGGUCCGGAAUAGAUGUUCAAGGCUGUUGCCAUUUCCUAAGACUGCCUCACAAAGAUGGACCAAAGUAUAAAGUUGGUAAUCCAUUGGCUAAGGAUUUUCUGGAGAUGUUCAGUCAAAACGUUCUAUCUGCUCAAGGGAAUGAAGCCGAGAAGGUUUUAACGUUUGGCCGUAUGAUGUCGUACUGGCGAAAUAAUAGAGAGCGUAUACUGAGUCAGCAAGUAGUGUGGUUGCCUGACGAGUUUCUUCCCCUGGGUUUGCGCGGUGCUUGGAAGAAGUAUGGGGCUAUAAUACCACAAGUUGUGGUCUGUGGGACCUUGACGAGACGUGCUAGCGAACCGACUUGGAUGACGGCGAGUAAUGCUCACAAAGAACGCGUCGGUUCUGAGUUACGAGCCAUGGUUCAAGCACCGCCCGGCCAUAAGUUCGUCGGCGCUGACGUUGAUUCACAGGAGCUGUGGAUAGCAGCGUUACUAGGCGACAGUACCCUGGGUUUAUGUGGAGGCAGUGCCUUUGGCUGGGCAGUGCUGGCUGGGGACAAAAGCAGAAAGACUGACCUUCAUUCUCUGACUGCUACUGCGGCCGCCGUCUCAAGAGAUCAUGCUAAAGUCAUCAACUAUGCACGGAUCUAUGGUGCUGGCCAAAAUUUCGCUGAGAGAUUGUUAAAGCAGUUUAAUCCGACGAUGACAGUAUCGGAAGCUAAGAGUAAAGCAGCUAAAAUGUUCUCGUCCACCAAAGGGAGACGCGUCUAUAGACUCAAGAAGCAAUAUAUGGAAGGUUUCAUGGAAGAAGAUUUGGAUGAACAGGUGGUAGAAAUGACAUCGUAUCAAGCGAUGCGUUUAGCAAAGAUGAGUGGGAAGAAACUGGAUGAUAUGUUCGAGAAACCAAAAUGGGUCGGAGGCACUGAAUCUGACAUGUUCAACAAGUUAGAAGAAAUUGCUGAUUCAGAGGGUCCAUCGACGGCGUUUCUAUCAGGUCGGUUGUCUCGCGCGCUGGAGCAUGCUCAGGGUCGAUGGGGAGGCACCCGACUGAACUGGGCCGUGCAGAGCGCCGCCGCUGACUUCUUACACCUUAUGCUGGCUAGCAUGGCUCAUUUAGCACCGAAGGCGAGGUUCUGCCUAAGUUUCCACGAUGAGGUCAGAUAUCUAGUUUCUGAUGAAUAUAAAUAUGAAACAGCGCUAGCACUUCAAAUAACUAAUCUGCUGACAAGAGCGUUUUGUUCACAACGGGUUGGAAUAAAUGAUCUCCCGUUGUCAGUAGCUUUCUUCACAGCGGUGGAAGUUGAUCAAGUACUAAGAAAAGAAUCGAAUCUCAACUGUACGACUCCAUCUAAUCCACACGGCUUAGAUAAAGGCUAUGGGAUCCCUAAUGGCGAAUCUUUGAAUAUAUUUGAAGUACUGGACAAAUGUAAAUUAAAUAAAUUAGAUGAAUAA